CACUACGACUCUGCAUUUCGUUCUCUGUUGUUGACCAUUUCAUUGUUGAAUUCUUGCCCAAAACUUUACUAAUUUAACUGAUUUUGUCGUGUUUUAUCAUACUGACCAGGAUCAACGCAAAUCGAAGUGGACAUGAGCUUCCUCUUUGGGAGCAGGUCUACGAAGACUUUCAAACCAAAGAAGAAUAUUCCAGAAGGGACACAUCAAUAUGAUUUGAUGAAACACGCAGCGGCCACAUUAGGCAGUGGUAAUCUAAGAUUAGCAGUCGUUUUACCUGAUGGAGAAGAUUUGAACGAAUGGGUUGCUGUAAAUACCGUGGAUUUCUUCAACCAAAUCAACAUGCUUUACGGAACAAUAACAGAGUUCUGCACGGCAGAGUCUUGCCCGGUUAUGUCGGCCGGACCGAAGUACGAGUACCACUGGGCAGAUGGACAAACCAUAAAGAGACCAAUCAAAUGUAGUGCCCCAAAGUAUAUUGAUUACCUGAUGUCAUGGGUGCAAGACCAGCUUGAUGAUGAAACACUUUUUCCUUCAAAAAUUGGAGUUCCAUUUCCAAAGAAUUUCCUGCAAAUUGCCAAGACCAUUCUUAAGCGACUGUUCAGAGUAUAUGCUCAUAUAUAUCAUUCGCAUUUUCAACAUGUUGUUGAUCUUGGUGAGGAGGCACAUCUCAACACUUCAUUCAAACAUUUCAUAUUUUUUGUGCAAGAAUUCAGCCUUGUUGAAAAACGCGAGCUCACACCUUUGCAAGAACUGAUCGAGAAACUUACCAACAAAGACAGACCCUAAGUCCAUUGUGUAAUAAAUGAACACCACAUAGCUAAUUAUUUCUAAAUUUGUACAGUACUACUUUAAGAUGAUCAUGCUGUGUUUUUCGUAAGCAA